AUGCUGACCGAAUUGUCGAUUGAAAUUCUUUGCCACAUUGCCGAGGAGCUCGAUCGCCAACAGGAUCGCUAUCACCUAGCGGUCUCUUGCCGACGACUGUAUGAUGUGCUGCUGCCGAGUCUCUUCUCCCACGUCCGCCUUUGCGAGACCAGGAGAAAACAUAGUAUCAGACAAGUCAGUCAAUUCCUCUACGCCGUUGUCCGAAACCCCAAACUUGCGAACUUCGUACGGGUCUUGGAGUUGGACUGCUGGGAAACCCGUGAAGACCACUACUCGCCACCGCCGCUCGUACUUGAAUCGAGGGACGGCAGCGAGAAGGACUUCGAAUAUGACGUGACAGUCAUCCAAACGCUACUUGACGAAUCUACGUGCUCCGCGGAGGAGAGAACACAGUGGAAGCAAGACGUGCAAUUUGGGAUCACGGAUGCCUGGCUAGCUUUGCUUAUUCCCCGCUUGGGAGCCUUACGGAAAAUCAACCUAACAUGGCCGUUCAGCCAAGAUAGGCUAUAUGUCUCCAAGAUGUUGGAUAGGGCUGUUUCUGGAGAGGAUCCGGGAUUUCCCCACCUAGAUGAAGCUUUCGGUUCAUGGUAUGACACGGAAAACGGUGCCGACACCACCCUCAUGCAUCCGUUCUUCGGAUUUCCGGCCAUGAGCAAACUAGGCGGCUUCAGUCUCGAGGAAAAUGCGCACGCCUCCAACCAAACACAGCCCUCCUCUUCGUUUUCCUCAACAAUCACCGACAUUGACCUCGCCAGGACAAACGCAUCAUAUGGCAUGCGGUACUGGAUUGAAUCUUGCAAAGUUCUGAGAUCUUUCCGGAUCAACCAUGGCGGAGCGACAGUCGGGUACGAUGAUUUCAAUCCCCGCGCCCUCUACGAAUCUCUUCUCCUCCACAAAAAGACUCUGGAACGUAUCUGGCUUGGUUCUGAUGAAGAGCUGUUUCCAGACGACAAUCCAUGGAUAGGAUCCUUUGUUGACUUCCCAGUUUUAAAGACGUUGAAAGUCAGCAUCAAAGGACUCGCACUUCUAGACGACGAGGAUGAGCCCACGCGGGAGCUCACAAACGUGUUUCCGCCGUCGCUGGAGAACUUGUAUCUAUGGGAGUGUGACAAGGAGCUAUUCGGGUGGGCGAUCGAGCAAUUGGAAAGCUUAAUCGACGCUGAAAUUCUGCCAAAACUGGCUACUUUAAAUCUUGAAUCGCCCAAGAUGGAAGAUCUGGACGAUCAGCAAAAGCUGGACCAGUUAAGGCGUCGGUGUGAGGAUGCUGGAAUUGCUUUCAAUGGCGAUGACUGGGUAUAUUGGCCUUUCUUCCCGUCUUUUUUUCCUGGAAAGAGUUUUUUCUACCCUCUUCAAUAG